UUGCAGCAAGACCGUGUGUAGAUAGAAGGCGAGAGAAAAUAAAAGGAAAGAGAGCGGGGGCAGAGAGAGGGAAAGAGAUAGACAGAGAAAGAGGAGCGAGUUAAGAUCGGCGAGCGAGCCCGAGUCGAGUCGGGUGACCCCAUCAAACAAAAAAUGGCGAACAAAAAGAUCAUUAGUCAUCUCUCGCUUCCAACCAGCAGCGCCUUCUUUCUCUCUCAUCUGUUCUCAUUUCUGUCAUCAAAUUGUUCCAACCCUAAACCCCAAAUCCAACUCUAUCUCAUAUAUCGCCUUUCCUUUUGCCCUCUCUACCACCAACAGACGCGAAUCCGUCAUAUUUUCUCACGCGCAGCCCAGUCAAUUGCUUCAGGGUUGGCUGUUUCUAGCGUUCUUCCGUUUCCGUCGUCGUCUUUAUCGCAACGUUUUUGCGAUCCUGAUCUUCGACGGACGGUCUGUUUCUGGAAUUCUAUUCGACAUCAGAGCUAUUGCGGCUUAUCCUGUGGUGAUUUUUGGAGCACCAUGCCAAUGUUGGCAUAGCUUAUUCAGUUCUUCUAGUUCCAUGCUUUUCUUUGCAAUUUAAAGCAGAAAUUUUGAUAAUUACCAGAUGUUUGUGUCUAUUUUGUCAUCUCGGUGGUAGCUGAAAGAGUACCAGUGAAGCUGUGCCGUAGAAACAAUUAAUUAAUGGAAGAUUUAGGUGGUACCCGAUUUGAUGGCCUUGGCAGUGCAGCAAGGAAGAAACGCAGUCAAACUUCUCGCCGGCCUCGGCCAGAUUCACAGCCCAUUUCUGAUGGCCCAUCUCCCUUAUCAUCAACACCUUCAGAUGAUGCAAGCAAGGCCUCUAGUGAUGAGAAUAGUGGUUGUGAUAAUAAUCCUAAGAGAAAAGAAUUUAAUCUCAACCAUUAUGUUUCCAGUGUCCCCUCUGCUGCUGCAGCUGAAGAUGAUAAACUCUGGAAGAAGAGUAGAACGGAUGGAGAAUUCCAUUUGUUUUUCAAUAAUGAACCUGGACAUGUUUUAUAUAACAAGCGGCGUAGCGAGGGUGUCCUUGCUCCUGCUAACUGGAAAGGCUCUAGCAAAUCAAAGGAUAGCUUUGAAUCAGAAUCAAGAGGUGCAGAUAUAUAUAGUAUGAACUUGGGGCAACCAGGAGCUUUUCAGGAUGGCUCGGAGAAUGAUAACAGGGUCAAAAAGGUUAAACUCAGGGUUGGUGGUGUAAUGUGUAUGAUCCAAGCUAACUCUACUCCUAAUGGUUCAUCAAGCAGUGGCACCACUGCAAAGAGCUCCCAAUUGUCAGAUGUCUACAGACCACGCCCAAAGCAACAGGGAAAUUCAGAUGAUAACCAGUCCCCUUCAGAUAAGAGGAGUGGCCUACAAGGCAUUCCAUGGAAGAAUUUCUCAAGGGAAGGGUUUGGUGUUGGAAAGGUGGAUUCUAUGAUAGGGAAGAUGUCAGGAAAGAACACGUCCAGUAAGCAAGGUGACAAGACUGAACCAAUUCGUAAGAGCAAGCGAGUACCAAAGAGGCGUGUGUUGGAUGGUGAAUUCGGUGGUGAUGACGACGACGACGAGAUUCGCUAUUUGGAAAAGCUCAAAACGACAAAAGUUUCUGCAGUGUAUAGAGAUGAAGAAGAAGUAAGCAAGAAACAUCGAAAAUUGUCUAGUGUCUCUGAUAUGGAAACUACUGCCUCAUCAAGGUCAGUCAAAGAUGGUAAAAGCAAGUCCACAUCGGAUAGAAUGUACGAAGAUACGGAUUAUGAGGAAGAUGAGGAUUCUGGGUCUGAUGUUGAGCCUGAGCACAAGAAAAAGAGAAAGCAGAAGAAGGAAUCUGUUGAUGUGUUGAUGGAUAGUAAGAGGGAAAUGACUCUCACUACACGCCAAAGGGCUCUUCAAUCAAGCAAAGAUGCAUCUGUAUACGGUGCAAGUUUAAUUGAGUUUCCUAAUGGAUUACCACCUGCUCCACCUAGAAAGCAAAAAGAAAAGCUUUCAGAGGUGGAGCAGCAACUAAAGAAAGCUGAGGCUGCCCAGAGGCGUAGAAUGCAAGUUGAGAAGGCUGCUAGGGAAUCUGAGGCUGAAGCUAUCAGAAAAAUACUUGGUCAAGACUCCAGCAGGAAGAAACGGGAAGAGAAAAUGAAGAAACGCCAAGAAGAACUGGCACAGGAGAAGGCAGCUAAUGCGCAGAUGCUCGCAUCAAACACCAUCAGAUAUGUGAUGGGUCCUGCUGGAACGCUUGUUACUUUUCCUGAGGAGAUGGGCCUGCCAAGCAUUUUCAGCUCCAAACCCUCCAGUUAUCCACCUCCGCGUGAGAAAUGCGCGGGUCCAUCUUGCGCCAACCCGUACAAGUAUCGGGAUUCAAAGUCCAAGCUUCCUCUUUGCAGUCUGCAGUGCUACAAGGCAGUCCAGGAGACGUUGACGGCUGCAACCAUCUGUUGAUGUUGCCAACGAUUUAUUGGAUACCUGGAUUGGAUGGGCCGUUGGUGUUUACGCUUUGUAUCAGCCAUCUGCUGCAUGUCCAUUUGCGCAGUUGAGGGUUGUGGUAUAAACAACGUGGGUAGCAUACAUCUUAUUUAGCUGGUAAGGGUUAGAGUUUAUAGCAUUUGUUGAACUAGAAGUGAACUAUUUAGCAUCAUUCAUUAUCGUUGUAGCUACAAUAACUACGAGAAAGUUGUUGAAAGCGAUUUUACCGUAGUGGCGCAGAACA